AUGGCAAGCAGCACUGCAGUUACCAGAGAUUAUGGAAAGAGAACGGUCAUUGUUACGGGAUCUGCAAGGGGAAUUGGAAAGGCCAUCGCAAUUAGGCUGGCAGAGGAUGGCUUUGACGUUUGUAUAAAUGAUAUUCCUGCAAACCAAGCUGGCAUCGACGAGGUGGUGAAAGAAAUCCAGGGCAUGGGCCGAGCAUCCUAUGGCCACGCCGCAGAUGUGUCCAAACUCACUGAAGUCGAAGGUCUGAUUGAAGCUUCAGUUAAGAAUCUAGGAAACUUGAAUGUCAUGAUUGCAAAUGCCGGGAUUGCACAAGUUAAGUCGCUAUUAUCACUAUCCGAGGACGAAGUUCGGAGGAUGUUUGACGUCAACGUCUUUGGAACUUUCAAUUGCUACAGCGCUGCUGCAAAGCAAAUGAUCAAACAAGGUGGAGGUGGAAAGAUAAUUGGUGCUGCCAGUAUCGUUGCUUUCAAGCCAUUCGCUAUGCUUUCCCACUAUAGUGCUUCAAAGUUUGCCGUGAGAGGUUUUACUCAAGCCUUUGCUAUGGAAAUGGCAGAACAUAAGAUCACUGUCAAUGGGUACGCACCGGGCAUAGUUGGCACUGCCAUGUGGGAUUUGAUCGACGAGGAGCUGGGAAAGACGAAAGGUGUUAAGAAUGGAGACACGAUCAAGAAGUACACCGAUGAUCUCAUCUUACUUGGAAGAACAAGCGUUCCAGAAGAUGUGGCCAAAUGUGUUAGCUAUCUGGCAAGCCCAGAUAGCGAUUAUAUGACAGGACAAACGUUGGUCAUUGAUGGCGGAAUCGUCAUGAACUGA